AUGGGCGGCCAUGGCGGCAUGGCUCCCAUGCAGAUGGGCUUUGUAAACGGAGUGCCUGUCAUGUCGAUGGGCGGCGCGGGCGGCCCCAUGAUGCGCAUGGGUGGCGGCUCGGUGCCCGUCAUGCAGAUGAAUAAUGGCCGGCCGGCUGGCGAGAUGACCAUGAUCGGUGGCAGCACGCCCCUCUAUAACAUGGGCGGCCGCACGACAGUGCAGCAGGGCGGCAGCUACAACAGCCUCAGCCGCGGCGGCACCACCAUGGUUGGCGGGAGCACAGGGCCGGUGACUAACGAGGGCGGCAGUGUGUUCGUGGACCGCGGCACCAACAGGCGCCUCUAA